AUGGAUGGUUCCGCCUCCCCCUCCGCGGCCGCAGUCGAGACUGAUACGCGGGGAGGAGAAGCUCCGUCCAAAGCCAAGCGAGGCAACGCCGAGGAGAAAUAUCAACAUGGACAGCCAGUUUACUUUCCAGAGGAACUAGUGGACAAAUGGGUUUCUUUUUCUCUUCGUGGCCUGUACUAUUGCUACAACAUCUCGCUGCAAGGGUCUUGCAACACAACUGCUGAUCCCACCGACAUAAUUUUAGCUGUCAAAUGUGACUUGGGACCUGACUUCCUUCGGUACUCUUUUAACUCGGGUGGUAUUGAAGUUACCAUUAAGUACUUGCACUUGAUUCAUCUGAAUCAAGAACAGGUAAUUUUUGCUAGAAGAUUCCAGACCACGGUUCUUUGUUUGCUCAUUAACAGUGACCAUUCGGAGGUCAGCAAUGCUAUAAAAUACUUCCAUGAACUGCAAGUAGAUGUGGGGGUAGUCUAUCUACUUCUGCCCACAGUGUAUGGCAAAAUUGAUUGGUGUGGUAUCAAGUUCUCAACUUCAUCAGUAUAUGAUGAUGUGACUGAUAAAAAUUCGAGACAUUGCCAUUCUUGUAAAGAUGCUGAUAUACUGCAGACAAUGGAUGAUCCUUGCUGCAGGUGCAUACUUCAGAAUUCUGUUGUCUAUGCCCCUCGUGAUGGAAACUUUUAUAAUAUUACAGACCUUGACCUAAAUGUAAACCAACCUUUGGAUUUGAACAAUAGGACUGCUGUUAGCUGCAAAAGCAAACUACUGUUGGUUGCCAAUGGAUUAUUCACAGUGCAAAACUUCCUCUACAAAUGCUACGAAAAAAGGAAAGAACCUGGGAGUGUUAAGUUGCCACCUGAACUCUGCAGAGUAGUCAUGGCACCAGUGUCGACAAAUACUUUGUUCAGCUUCUCAUUUGUUCCUUCCAUAAUGUACCGUAUCCAGUGUCUGCUUCUUUCUGCAAAGUUGAAAAUCCAGUUGGGCCCAAGAAUGCAACAGUUCAACAUAGCAGCUAUGAAGAUUCUGGAAGCACUUACAACAAAGGAAUGCCAGGAGACUAUUUCACUGGAAUCAUUAGAAACACUUGGGGAUUCUUUCAUUAAGUAUGUUACAGGCCAAAAUCUUUUUAGCAAAUACAAGCAUCGAGAGGACAUACUGACCUCUAUGAGGGAAGAAAAGGUCACCAACGCAGCUCUAUGUCAGCUAGGUUGCAAAAGCGAACUUGUGGGAUACAUUCGAGGUGAAUUGUUUAACCCAAAAAAAUGGACCAUUCCAGGGCUUGGCUAUGACACACGUGGAAACAACAAAGUUUUCUUCCGAACAACCAAUAAUAUGUACAGUCUGGAGGAAGUAUCCAUAAAAAGCAAGAGAAUUGCUGAUACAGUUGAAGCCUUGACUGGGGCCUACCUCAGUGCUUGUGGUGAACUGGCAGCAGUUCAUUUCAUCAAAUCACUAGGAAUGGAUGUAGAACUGCAUAGUAAAAUGCAAGUUGAAAGGAUUAUUACAACAAAAUCUGAAGAAUUCAUUGACGUGAAAAGCUUGCAGACAAUCCUCGGUUAUGUGUUCGAUGACAGCUCACUGUUAAUAGAAGCAUUGACACAUAGUUCCUACAAUAUUGCUGGUAUUACAGCUUGCAAUGAGAGGCUUGAAUUUCUCGGAGAUGCUGUAUUGGACUACAUCUUAACUGAUUACUUUUACAGAAAGUACUACCCCAAUUGUACACCAGCUCUGUUGACAAAUCUACGAAAAGCUUCUGUGAACAACUGUUGCUAUGCACAUGCAGCUGUUAAAGCAGGGUUACACAAGCAUAUUAUUAUUCAUUCCUCAUUAAAACAGAUGAUUAACGAUCUUGAGAAUUCAGGGUGGUCAUUUUCAGGCCCAUCGCAUGGUUGGGAACCUGGCAUUGGUCUACCUGAGGAUCUCGCAGAUUUGUUUGAAGCAAUAGCUGGUGCAAUUUACGUCGACAGCAGGAAUAACAAGGAGGUUGUCUGGAGAGCCAUGAGACGGCUACUGGAACCUCUUGCCACCCCGAAGACCAUGGAGCCUGACCCAGUGUCGGAACUGAAGGAAUUAUGCGAGCGCAAAAGUUACCCUAAGCCAUCGUACUCUCCAACUCGUGACGAUGUAGCUGGAGUGACAAUGGUGGUUGCAAAGGUGAAGGCUGCGGGGACAGUGUACUCCGAGACUGGAAAAGGCCGCAACCAGGAUGUGGCGGAAGUUCUCGCUGCAAAGGCUCUGCUCGAGAAACUAAAGGCCGGAGCUAGAGGAUGA